CUUGACCAGACAUUCCAAUAAAAAAUGAAUGCAGAAACGCAUACAACAAUUCGAAAUAUAAGUAAAAACUCAGUGGAUUUUGUUCUCACAAACACUGAUUUAUCAAUUGCAAAUUCUUUGCGACGCGUCGUUCUCGCAGAGAUUCCUACUGUUGCAAUUGAUUUGGUUGAAAUCAACGUAAAUACGUCUGUUAUGCCUGAUGAAUUUUUAGCACAUCGCCUUGGUAUGAUUCCUUUGAAUAGUACCAACAUCGAUGAACCUCCACCAGUCGGAUUGGAAUACACAAGAAACUGUGAUUGCGAUCAGUACUGUGCUAAAUGUUCUGUUGAAUUGAACUUGAAUGCCAAGUGCCUUGGUGAAGGUACUAUGGAGGUAUAUGCAAGAGAUCUCGUUGUGUCUUCAAACUCAACACUUGGUCAACCUAUUCUCGCAGAUCCUAAAGCUAGAGGACCCUUAAUUUCUAAGCUUCGCAAGGAGCAAGAAAUUUCUCUUCGAUGCAUUGCGAAAAAGGGUAUUGCUAAAGAACAUGCUAAGUGGUCACCAACUGCCGCUGUUGCCUUUGAAUAUGACCCCUGGAAUAAAUUACGGCAUACAGAUUACUGGUUUGAAAAUGACGCUGACGCUGAAUGGCCUAAGAGUAAAAAUGCAGAUUGGGAAGAACCUCCUCGUGAAGGAGAAGCAAUCAAUUACCAAGAAGAACCGAGACGGUUUUACAUGGAAGUUGAGGGCGUUGGCUCAAUCCCUCCCAACGAAAUUAUGGUUCAAGGUUUGCGGGUUUUACAAGAGAAGCUUGCGGUUUUGGUUCGUGAUUUAGAUGAAGAACAACCUGCUCAAAUGACUGCUAAUGAGAUCCCCAUGGAUGAGAAUCCGGAAAUGAAUUGGUCUCCUUAUCAAAAUGGAGGAGAUGCUGCUUGGUAGUUUUACGAUAAGAGAAGGCACACCUCAAUUAUCUCAUUUCUACACUAACGUUUGUAGAAAUUUCAGAUGCAGGACUUGUAUUAUUAUUUUUGACUUUUUAUAAAAUGUUUAAUAAAAAGCUUGGACGCUUUAACUCAUUUAAUAUUUCCCUCUUUUUUAGCCUUUGUUACUCCUUAGACUAACACUUUUUUUGGUUUCCUUCUUUGGAAAUUUAUUAGAUAGCAAUUCACAUGGAUACCCUAUUUUCGUCUUAUCUAAAUUCGAAUAUAUAUCGGUCUUGCUGUUGUUCAUUCAUAUACUUUAUGGGUUGAGUGGGAUACAUAAUAAACACAUGGCGCACCAUACAGCAUGCUUUACAUUGUUCCUGCUUUUUACAGACGGUAACAUUUCUACAUAUUCUCUGUGUUUGUACUUGAAUUACAUUUGAAAAUAGAAUCUAUGCUAUUGAAAUUUAAAAUGAACUUCGAACAUGUACUUUUAUCAACUCU